AUGAUGGUGCAGUUGUUCACGGAGGAACAGAACGCUCAGGCUGUUCGGCGGCAACAGCAGCAGCUGAUUCUGACGAACAUGUUGCUCGUUCGCCAGCCUUUCUUCGUCGUGCCUUUGCGCGGCGGCUCAAAGCCAGGCAAGAGGAGGAACAUCAACCGGCAUCGUGAAGCCGGCGCAAUGCUGCUUGACGUCGACUACUUCAAUGACGACGCGACUCAUUCGCUGAAGGAAUUUUGGCCCCGGUUUAGGAUGAACAAGGACAUGUUCUUGAAGAUUGUCCACGACGUCACGGAGUACGACACAUACUUCACGGCCAAGAAAGAUUGCACAGGUUUGUGGGGCUUUACCUCAAUUCAGAAGUGCACUGUUGCAAUACGCUGUCUUGCAUACGGAGCUCCUCCAGAUACAGCCAAUGACUACCUACGGAUGACAGAGUCGACAUGCACAGAGACUCUCUACAGGUUCUGUCGAGCCGUCGUAGCGGUGUUUGGUAAAGACUAUUUGAGAGCACCAAGAGCAGAUGAUACAGAUCAGAUCUUGCAGAAGAAUGCAGCAAGAGGGUUUCCUGGGAUGCUCAGAAGCAUUGACUGGGAUCUACAAGGGCCAUACUAG